AUGUCUCAAUACCACGAUAAGCGCAUGGCCCUUCACAGGGACCAGGAAUGUGCCUAUGCCAAUGCCCGCAUGGCGGCUAUAGCCAAUGCUCUCCAAGGAAAAUACGGGCUCAUCAGAACACACGAUGCUCUUGCUCUGAUCUUCAUCUUGACCGCAGACUGUCUGCUCAGCCCUGGUGCUAAGCGUCUUACCGCAUUCGAUAUUCACAUAUCUGCAAUUGUUUAUGCGGCUACCUCUUACCCAGGUCAAUUCUCGAUCGAGCACAGUUAUAGGAAUUUCAUUGCCUAUGAUCUCGUCGCCCUCUUUUCAUCUCCAUCGACCUUCCCAGUCGGAUCUUCUCCAAAUAUAAUCGCACCACCCGCCCAUUGGAUCAACGCCAUCAAGACGCUCGAAAAGCAAGCGGCCGAGCCUGGUCGAGGCGGUUAUGAAGCCCUCAUCAGCAUAUUUGCUGACGAUACCGCGAUAAACGCGCUCGUUAGGACUUCUAUCUCCAUGUCACCAUCUUCCAACGCUUCAGUCAAUCCGGCUGUCUAUCAAGCCUGCUCACCUCGUACGAGCAGCUUUGCACUCAUGCAUAACCCCAUGGAUAGACAUGUUUACUUGUGCUCUAAGAAGCCCGUUGAGCGUCUUCCCAUUGUGAGCCGCGAAGAACAAAGGGCCGCUUUAGGUCAAAGGGCCAACGGCGCUUCCUGGACAAAAUCCUCCUCCUUUUUUGUGUUUGUAGCCGGCUCUCCUCUCUGUAACGACCUUAAUAACGACCUCCUAACGAAAUCAACCUCCGCCAACUCUCAACAUCCUCAGGCUAUCUCAGCUCGCUCGAACCCCCCUCUACAACGACUC